AUGAAUUUCUUCAAGACCGUUUUUUCCGAAAGCCCAGAUCCUCCUCAACCCGAAUCCACAUCCGGGUCUCCCAAAAAAUCAUCCAACGAUCAAGAACGUGAAGACCCAGAUCCGAUUCCCGACUCCCACCAUUCCGGUUCUUCCGUCGGUGGUGGUGGUGUAUGGAGCUUUGGCGGUUUGAUCCAAACUCUAGCGACUAAAUCCGAAUCUGUCAUUGAAACCUACCGGCGGGAUUUGCAGGAGUUCAGUUCGGGUCUGAAGAAGGAGAUCGAGGUGGCUCAUGGAUCUUUGGGAACGGUUGGUCACGCCAUUGAUGAGCUUGGGAACACCGUUUUGAAAGGGACGGCCCAGAUUAUUGCUCAAGGUAAGGAUGCAAUCCUUGCCGAUGAUCUUGAAUCCGAUUCGUCUGAUUCCAACAAUACCCAAAAUUAUAAUUCCCAGGCGAGCUUGAAUUCGAAACGUUACAGUAGGUUUGAUGCCCAGGUUCGCACGUUACAGGGUGAUGCAAGCACUUACUGCGAUGAGCCUGAGGAUUUGGAUGAUUAUAGUAAAUGGAAGUUAGGGUUUGUUUUGGAAGAAAAAAGUGAAGAAAUUGAAGAGUUAAUUGAAGAAAAUAGGGCUGUGGAAAAUAUCUACAAGAGGGUUGUUCCUGAUAGUAUUGAUCACCAGACUUUUUGGUGUAGAUAUUUCUUUAAGGUCUAUAAGCUUAAACAAGCCGAGGACUUGAGAGCUAAUUUAGUGAAAAGAGCAUUUUCAAGGGAAGAAGAAGAGGAAUUGAGUUGGGAUGUUGAUGACGAUGAUGACGACGACGAGGAUGAUGUUGUGUUGAAAACGAUUGCCAAGAAAAAUGGGGAAUUGGGUAGUGAAGAUGGUGGAGUAGUUGUAGCAAAGGAAGUGCAAAAUGACUCCUCAAAUGCUUCCUUGAAGGAAGAAAGUUCCAUAGAUACUAAUAAGAAUGUUGAGAAAACUUAUAAUGUGAAUGAGGGAAAGAGUAGUGGGGAAGAGUCUAAACAGAGUUUGCAUUUGGAAGAAGAUGUUGUUGAUUCUGAAGUAAGUAAUAAAAAAUUGGAUGUAUCCAAAGCUGAUGAUAAAUUGGCUUCGAAAGGGAUGACUGAAUCUGGUGAAUCCAGCAAAGAUAGUGAUGUUACAGUUGUUUCAACUCAGCCUUCAAUGCCUGAGGAGGAAGACCUUGGCUGGGAUGAGAUUGAGGAUCUUAGCACUAUUGAAGAUAAGAAAAUCACUAAUCUUGGGAGUCCUAACAGAGCAGAGCUGCGAAAGCGGCUUAGUGCUGCAGAAGAAGAUGAUGAGGACUUGAGCUGGGAUAUUGAAGAUGAUGAUGAUGAUGAACCAAGUAAAGCUUAAAACUAAAACUUCAAUUACUUAGUUAAUAAUUGUACUGCUUUCAUAUUUUCCUCCUUAUUUGAUUAUUAUAAUUCUGUAAGGAUUUCUUUUCUUUUCCUAUUUUUUUUUCUGCUGUUUUAAAUGCAAAUAUGUUUAAUCAUGUAAUAUCAAUUUGUGAGGUUUAAAAGUAACUCUAUCAUAAUCAUGUAAUGUCAUUUAAUUUUGCUACAUUUAUAUGUAAUCCAUGUGCAGAUUCUUAAAGAUUAUUUUUCUAGUGGUAUUGGAUUU